GAUGACAAAUCAAACAGAAGCUCAAGUUUUAGAUGGACGCUACAUUAGUGUGGAGGAGCUUCCUAAGCCAUGCCGGGCAGAAAGAUGUGGCUGGGUACAAAGGAACCUGCUCUUGCCCUCACUGUGCUUGGAGUAGUCCUAGGAGCAGUGUUUGGCAGUUUGCUGCGAUACAUUCCUGAUCUUACUUCAGACUCUCUUAUGUUGAUAUCAUUCCCUGGAGAUAUCCUGAUGAGAAUGCUAAAGAUGCUAAUUCUUCCUCUCAUUAUUUCCAGUCUCAUAACAGGUCUGGCUGGGCUAGAUGCCAAAUCCAGUGGUCGCAUGGGAUCACGUGCCAUGGUGUACUAUAUGUCCACCACAGUCAUUGCUGCUAUCUUAGGAGUUAUCUUGGUUUUAUCCUUCCACCCGGGGAACCCUAAACUCAAGAGGCAGGUCAGCAUGGCAUCAAAAAAUCAGGAAGUGUCCAGUGUUGAUGCAUUCUUGGACCUUAUCCGGAACCUCUUCCCAGAGAAUUUAGUCCAAGCUUGUUUCCAACAGAUCCAAACUGUGACAAAAAAUGUUCCAGCAAACUCUCGUCUACCUGAAGAAAGGUCUACAAACUUCACCCAUGUCAUGUUACCCAAUGGUUCUUCUGUACAGCAGCCAAAAAGUGAGGUACCUACAAUUACUCAGAAGACUCUGGAGUUCAAAGGAGGAAUGAAUGUGCUAGGUUUGAUUGGUUUCUUCGUUGCAUUUGGAAUCUCUAUGGGAAAGAUGGGAGAUCGUGCCAAACCCAUGACAGAAUUCUUCAACAUACUCAAUGAGAUAGUUAUGAGAAUGGUGACUAUGAUCAUGUGGUAUUCCCCUGUUGGUAUUGCUUCCUUGAUAUGUGGCAAGAUUGCUGCUAUUAAAGAUUUGGAGAUGGUAGCACAUCAGCUGGGAAUGUAUAUGGUUACGGUUGUUGUGGGGUUGUUGAUCCAUGGUGGCUUCAUCUUGCCUUUUAUAUAUUUUGCUGUGACUCGGAAAAAUCCUUUCAAUUUUUAUGCUGGAAUCUUUCAGGCUUGGAUCACAGCACUUGGAACUGCCAGCAGUGCUGGCACUCUACCUGUGACAUUUCGCUGUUUGGAAGAAAACUUGAAAGUUGACAAGCGCGUGACACGGUUUGUUCUACCAAUUGGUGCAACUAUUAACAUGGAUGGAACUGCACUAUAUGAAGCUGUGGCUGCCAUCUUCAUUGCUCAAAUGAAUGGAGUGGAACUAGAUGGAGGACAGAUCAUCACUGUCAGUCUCACGGCUACACUGGCCAGUGUGGGGGCUGCCAGUAUUCCCAGUGCAGGGCUUGUCACCAUGCUUCUCAUUCUAACAGCUGUUGGCUUGCCAACCCAAGACAUCAGCCUCCUCAUUGCUGUUGAUUGGCUGUUAGAUCGUAUGCGUACAUCCAUUAAUGUGGUUGGAGACUCAUUUGGAGCUGGAAUUGUUGACCAUCUUUCACGAGCUGAAUUGGAAUUUCUUGAUGCUCAACAGUUAGAGUUAAACCAGUUGGACACUAUCAAACUGCAUCCUCCAGUGUCUCCAAGGUCCGAUGAAAAGAGUAAUCACAAAGUGGAGGGGCGUGGCCACCCUGCAUAUAGCUCACUGCCUACAGAGGAAUAUGAGCCAGCAGAAAAACAAGAUGAUGUGAUAAAUACUGUUAAGAAGAAUGGAGCAGAAAACAGUGAUGAGGCAGAAGAAGAGGGGAAGGAUGAAAAAGAAGGACAAAUAAACAGUGAUGGAGAGGAAAGUGAAGAUACUGAAUAUGAUAGGACACAUGCAAUUCCAUAACCCUCUCUAUCCCUGUACUAAUACUAGCUCAGCUCCAGCCUCCAUGUUUAUAUAUGUAUUGUCAUUUUUUCAUUUUUUUUAGUGUUCUUUACCUUUCUCUUUGAUGCACACAUACCCCUGAGAAGCACUGUCUCUCUUACUUAAUGCACUGCCAUUAUGUUAGUAAUUACCAUAUGUACACUAAUGAUGUAAGGUUUAUUGAAUAUAUUUAGCCUAUGUAAUAUUAUAGGUGAGAAGACUUUACUUAAAGAGUCUUUGCUUUGGAGUAAGUUUUAAAGCUUAUUUUGGUUGGGACGUAUGAGGUUUAUUUUGAGCAGUGCUAAUUUUGUAUGCAAAA